AUGGUGCUAGCCCAGAAAGAAAGGAACAUUGCCAACGGCAGAGAGACUGUCGUCUUUAACAAAUUUGGAAACAUGUUUAUUGCCUUUGUUGUGGAGAAUGAAAACGAAAUGUAUGUGCUUUCCUUGAUAAACAACCUUAUGUCAAUCUACGACAGAUUCUUCACCAAGGUUUGCGAGCUUCAUUUUAUAUACAACUUCAAAGAAACACAUUUAAUCCUAGACAACUACAUAGUAAACGGCAAGUGUAUCGAAAAUGAUCCAUUUGAAGUAAUGAAGUAUGCAUACUAUAUAAAAUAG